CGCCCCCGGCGGCAGGCGCGCGCGCGUGUGUGUGUGUGUGUGUGUUCCCCCGCCGCUCACGUGAUCGGGGUGACUCGGCGCUCACGUGACCGCGCGCCAGGGCCGUGCCGGAGCCGGGCCCGCACUCGCCAUGGGCUGCUGCUACAGCAGCGAAGCUGAGGCCUCCGACCAGGAGGAAGAGACAAAGCGGCUGCUGGAGCCCGCAGCCAGCCCACCCAACAAGGUGCUGAAUGGAGCGGAGCAGAGCUACCACAACCUCCCGUCAGCACGCACUGAUGAGCAGGCCAUGCUGUCCUCCAUCCUCGCCAAAACAGCCAUCAACAUCAUCGACGUGUCAGCUGCGGAUUCCCAGGGCAUGGAGCAGCAUGAGUACAUGGACAGAGCCAGGCAGUACAGCACACGCCUGGCCAUGCUCAGCAACAACCUGACGCACUGGAAGAAGCUCCCACUGCUGCCAUCUCUGACUAACCAACCACACCAAGUGCUCGCCAGCGAUCCUGUCCCCUUUGCAGACCUGCAGCAGGUGUCCCGGAUAGCUGCCUACGCCUCCAGUGCGCUCUCACAGAUCCGUGUCGACGCCAAAGAAGAACUGGUUGUACAGUUUGGCAUUCCCUGAAUCUGCCCCCACCACCGCUCAUUCACCGCUUUGGGUUGUUUUUAUUUGUUCCCCAUUUUUUUUCUCUUUAUAUCCCUUCUCUCCCCAUGCUGCUGCCACAGAACUUGGACAGAUACCCUGUUUCCUACUAAAUGCCAAGGCGCCCAUCAUUGGCACGUCGAGCCCACCUGCAUUGCUUGAGGCUUUCUCUUCCUCGUGGGUGGGUGUGCAUGGGGAGGAGGCUGUGUCAGCUGGACACUGCCUUGCACAGGGAUGGGCACAAAGGGAACAGCAAGCAGGUCCUUGUGGUGCUGGGUCAGCACCGUUUGCCAGGUCACCAGGAUGGGUGGGCUGGAGCCAGGAAGAUGUGAUGCUCUGCGUGGGGCCUGGUGGCUCCAACACCAUCCCUUCUCCUUUUUACAUGUUUAGACCUUUAUUUUGGUGGUUUGUUUUUGUUUAUUUUUUUUUUUUAAUUACUGUUAUUUUUUGCCACAGUAGAUAAAGCCACGUUCAUCCAA